GGCAUCAUUGUUCCACCCCUGCUGCGCUGUUGACAGUAAAGCUAAUUCUCACUAGCAUACCGAUACUUUACCUCAGCCUGUGAUUACACCAACAUCAGAUUAUCCUGCUAGAAACGACAGAGAUUUGUUUUUAUCUUCCCACUAAACGCUACUUUUGGCUUUUGUAAACUCACAGUAGCGACGUUAUCAAGCUAAAUUUAGCAGCUAGAGCUGACGACACUCGGCUAAAAACUCCAGCUGUGAGGUGAAGCACACCCGCUGUGAGCUGCUCAACUGGCCACAUCCAACUAUGUGAGCUGCUCUGAUGUGUGAGUUUGAGAAUCCAUGUGCUGGCCGUUCUGGAGGACUGCCCUUUUACUUUGAUGUGACAAAACAGUGGACCUGCAAAUUAUUUUACUGUGCACAACUGAAAAGGUGUAUGCUGGCAUAGACCAGAGCCCAUUCCAGCAAAACACCAGUUGGUGUCCUCCCUCUCCAUUCCCUCUGGAAUAUCCGUAGGACUACUAUGCCUCUGGGCUUGGGAAGAAGGAAGAAGGCAUCCCCGUUGGUCGAGAACGAGGAAGCUGAGCCAAUCCGAGCUGGUCUCAAUAUCCCGGGUAUGGACAGCCUAGAUGGCGGUGUUGUUGGGCUGGGAGAAGGUGCCACCUCUGAAGGUUUACCACCUCCACCCAGCAGCAUGCGGCCUCGCCUUAUCUUCCACACCCAGCUGGCUCAUGGCAGUCCUACGGGCCGCAUUGAGGGCUUCAGCAAUGUGCGGGAGCUCUAUGCCAAAAUUGGUGAGGCCUUUGGGAUCUCCCCAUCUGAGGUUAUGUUUUGCACACUAAACACUCAUAAGGUGGAUAUGGACAAACUGCUGGGAGGCCAAAUUGGUUUAGAAGACUUUAUAUUUGCCCACAUUAAAGGCCAGCGAAAGGAAAUAGAGGUGUUCAAAGGGGAGGAUGCGUUAGGAUUGACGAUCACUGAUAACGGUGCUGGCUACGCUUUCAUCAAGAGAAUCCGUGAAGGCAGCAUCAUUCAUCAGAUCCAGGUCAUCAACGUGGGUGACAUGAUUGAGUCAAUCAAUGGCCAUCGGCUAAUUGGCUGUCGGCACUAUGAGGUGGCCAAGAUGCUGAAGGAACUGCCCAAAGGAAAGGACUUCACCAUCAAGCUGGUGGAACCACUCAAGGCCUUCGAUAUGAUCAGCCAGCGGUCCGGAGGGUCCAGAUCGGCAUCAGGGAUUCAGGUGGGGACGGGCAGGGGCACACUGCGCCUCCGCUCCAAAGGCCCUGCUACUGUGGAGGAACUGCCUUCUGCAUUUGAGGAAAAGGCCAUUGAGAAAGUUGAUGAUCUGCUUGAGAGCUACAUGGGCAUCAGAGACAGCGAGCUGGCGGCUACCAUGGUGGAACUGGGAAAGGACAAAAAGAACCCAGAUGAGUUUGCCGAAGCAUUAGAUGAAACCUUGGGAGACUUUGCUUUUCCAGAUGAGUUUGUUUUUGACGUCUGGGGUGCCAUUGGAGACGCAAAAGUUGGGCGCGUGUGAGGACAUGAGCAGGCGUCUUAAACCAUCAUAAGUAUACCCCCCCCUGUUUUUUUUUUUUUUGUCUUCCAGCUCUUUCCAGAAACCACAAUCACGCCAGUGUCUGUUCUCUUUGUCUGCAUCAUAUGAACAUGCAAGUACACUACAUGUUUAUAAGAUGGGGGCCAUGAAGGACGAGCAAAGGCAACGUACUUGGCACACUUUAAUAUAUAUUUUUAAAGAAUGUGAUUUUUUUUUUUUUUUUUUUCCCCCCACAUUGCACUGUUGCAUGGUUUACACCGUACCUCCUCAACUGGUAAACCAGCACAGAUAUUGCACAAUACAAUACUUCAGACAAGAGCGUGUCUUUAUAUAAGGUGUGGCUUCAGGCUGCAUGAUAUAUAGCUUUGAUAUGAGCUGCUCUGUUACUCAUACAAGCCCAGAUGGGUUUUUUUUUUUCAUGAAUUCUGCAGAUUUUUGUUGUUGGUUGGGGUAAAAAAACUGGUUGUGCAAAAGGGUUAAACUGUAGCUUACUGUUUAAAACAUACAUAUUGUUUGUUGACAGUUAAACAACACUCCGUGCUGUAGUGACGUUAUCUGUGCAGAAAACACUACGUUCUGUUUGACAGUGUUACAAGAAUCAGUGUUAAAAGAAAUAUUCCAAUGUUGUAUGACGAGCAGGUUGGUGCCCUGAUUUGUGGAUGACAUUGACUUAUUUUUUUAUUGUUAGUGUUUUUAUAUGAAGUAAUGUGAUGUCUACUUUAAAAUAUGGAGGGCUGUGUAAUAGUUUAAUUUGAUCUCAUGUUACGACUUAACGGGGAGCAGUAAUACAGUGUAACUGGAAGCUGCAAGAGAUAACGGAGGAACAAAAUGCUUGUUUCAUACGUCCUUUUUUGUCAUCAUUGAAGGAUAUGGUGCACGUCAUCAGAACAGAAUGAUGAGUUUAAUUCAGUCGUGCAUCACGUUUAUUCUGUUGUUCAUAGAGAACAAAAAUGGUCAUUCCUUGAGUUGUAUUUCUGACACGAACCAAUAACUACUCCUCGGUGUAAUUGAGCGCAUGUCUUAAAACUUUCAGUGUUAUAUUUUCAGUAUGCACACAGUGUAUCUAAAUGUAUGAAGCUACUUUGUGGUAUAUUGUUUUUUGUGGUGUUCUUCAAAGCUAAUGAGCGUCCAAAUGGGUAAUGUCAUGAAUGCGAUGCAAGAGCACUGUAACACACAACCCGUUAGAUGGAUUUGUACUACUGUUGUCAGUGUAUAGUUAUGAAAUAAUAACGAAGUCUGAAAUUUUCCUCUUC